UCCAAAGUGCAUUUGAGUUGUAGGUGGCUUUAACUCACCGAUAAAAUGGCUUCUUUUGCAACAGAAUCACCUCCAUACAAAGAAUUCGAAGAUCCGUUUCCGAAGCUUGUAGCCCCACAAGCAGCCCCGAGAAAAUACGAAAUAUUGUACCUUAAUGUGCUUAAAUUUACCUACCUGCAUAUAGCAUCACUGUAUGGAAUUUAUGUAUACUUUACCACCGCUACAUGGAGGUCAUUGAUUUUUUACCAUACGUUGCUAUUACUGGCAUCCGUGGGUGUGACCGCCGGCGCGCAUCGGUUGUGGAGCCACCGCUCUUACAAGGCAAAAAUGCCCUUACAAAUCUUACUCAUGCUGAUGAACUCACUAACUUUCGUGAAAACGACUACGGAUUUCGUGCGGGACCAUCGGCUGCAUCAUAGGUACAGCGAUACUGAUGCCGAUCCUCACAACGCAACGCGUGGCUUCUUCUACUCGCACAUUGGAUGGCUUAUGGUCAAGAAGCAUCCAGAGGUGUUGCGAAGAGGGAAACUCAUCGAUAUGACGGACAUACACGCCAAUCCUGUUCUGAGGUUCCAGAAGAAGUAUGCCAUCCCAUUAAUAGGGGCUCUCUGCUUUGUGCUACCAACAAUCAUCCCAAUGGUCUUCUUUGGAGCAACCCUCAACACGGCGUGGCAUCUCACGAUACUCUUUUACACUUACCGUCUCAACGGGAUGUUUUCCGUCAACAGCGCUGCUCAUUUAUGGGGCAAUAAGCCUUACGAUAAACAAAUUAAACCAGUUCAAAACUACACAGUGUCUUUCGUGACGCAUGGAGAAGGUUUUCACAAUUACCAUCACGCAUUUCCAUGGGACUACCGGGCAGCUGAGUUGGGAAAUAAUUGGCUGAACUUUACCACGAAGUUCAUAGAUUUCUUCGCUUGGAUUGGUUGGGCGUAUGACCUUAAAGGGGUUCCAGAAGAUGUAGUACACGCGAGGGCAAACAGGACUGGUGAUGGCAGUGACUUGUGGGGAUUCAAACGUGAUAAAAAUUUUAAGAUUGAAUAA